AUGAGCGAUCUAUCCGACUUUUCAAGUACAAAAGGCGCUGACUCAGAAUUACAGGAGUUUCUUAUGGCUGAGAAGCAGAAAGCUCAGUUUCAUGCCCAAAUACACGAGUUUAACGAUUUUUGCUGGGAUAAAUGUGUGGACAAGCCAGGAUCAAAAUUGGAUUCUCGUACAGAGACCUGUAUGACAAACUGUGUCGAGAGAUUUAUUGAUGUUUCACUUCUUAUCACAAAUAGGUUUGCUCAAAUGUUAGAGAAAGGAGGGGGUAUGCACUGA